AUUCUCCAUCGCCAUAUCUCGAAAUACACCAUGCGCUUGCUUUUGUGACGUUGUAUUACAUUUCUUUGCCUUUCAUGAUUCAUUUUGAUUCUUAUACUGCUUGGAGAUAAAAUUCAUACACUUCAAAGUCGGGAUGCUCCGGCGCGCAGCGGCCCUUCCGCGACACGCAGCCGUCUUAACGAAUGCGACGCCGCAUUUCCCCGCCCAUCGCAUCCCUUCUAUUAGACGGCCGAUAUCGUUUCUACCAUGGCGGAAUAAACCAGCAUCGGAGGGCCUCCCGGUUUAUUUUGCGCGACCCAGCAGCUCACCUAAACCGGGUGCCUUCCGACGCCAGUUAGGCCGCGCACUUUUCACAACAAUGGCUGCGUAUGCCUGUUGGCAAAUCUUCGCUACCGUUGUCUUUGAUCCACUAUUAGACUGGGCAGAUCACGAAUGGGAGGCUUUAUCGGAGAAGGAAAAGAAAGAGAUGGAAGACAUGGCGGAUGAGGACGAACCUAUACUCUUCCUUCCGUUCCCAUUUACGACGAAGGAGGUCCGACAGCCACCGUACAAGGGCUCGGAUCCCGAGUGGGCGACAUUUAUCGCUGUUAAUAAAGAUCGGCAGUUGCAAAAAGACAUCCAGAUGGGGCUGGCAGAACUUAUAAGACGAGGAGUUGAGAGAAAUCCCGCCUAUGUUCAAUUGCUUGGCGGUCGAGAUAUUAAACUUAAAAAAUUGUGGCUGGAUAUUAUUUAUCCUCCUGCACCACCUCCUAAACACUAUGUUUCUGGCAUAAUUAUUGAUGACGACGGCAUCUUCUGGGGCGAUCGGCCGAUGGAUUCGUUGGCCGCAAACCACCUUAAUACGGCCAUAUAUCCCAAGGCGGUAGCAUUAUCAGUGUGGACGUUUAUCGAUUCAUUGACCAGACAAACAGCCCAAGACAUUGCCAAAGCCUUGGGUUUCAACACACCACCUCCACCCGAGGCCACAUGGCAGGCUGCCAUCCUGAAGCGCAUUAAGGAACAAGGUGAACUCGGAACAACUGGCAAACAAACCGUCAGAGUCCCAGGACAACCAGAGAAGGCAAAUUUCCCUCUUCACACCGGAAUCAGCGAAAUCCCUGGCACACCGUUUAGUGGCGUAAGCCAAGUCGAUCCACGAAUUCAAGCGGCCCUCCAAGCAGCUACUGUAACGUUUACGAAAAACUGGCAGCCUGCAAAGCAGCCACCAAGCAGAGGCUGUAUCAGAGUUGAUGGACUUGUGGAGUUGCAGGGGAAGUCCGCGGUCAUGGCUGUGUAUGUCUUGGGAUGGUACGACCCAAAGCAACGAAAGUAUAUGGGCGUCCAGACUGGACUGAAGCAUCUAAUACAGCUGAAGCAGAGACCGGCAGGCGGGAGUUAACUUCUAUGAACAUUUGGCACGCAUUUGACUUUCGUUUUUUUAUAUAUGUACAAUAUUGAGCACAUAGUAGCAUUAGGGCUUGGUUAUGACAUGGCAUGGAUCGGCGCUGGGGUUAUGGGCCUCCUUUUGGGUUUACUUUACGAUACCACCCCUAGAUCAGAUCCUAGAGAAAGAUUGUACUCGCACGCAAACAUAAACAUAAUACAUUGCAUGCAGUAACCGCAGAAAGCUUCAAGAUCCUUUUUUUUUCCUG